AUGUCCAUGAGCCACUCCGACUGCGCCGUCGAGCGCACCGGCUUCCCGCGCCCGUUCCCCGACACGCCCUCCAACGUCCUCGAGCAAUUCAAGAUGGCCGGCAAGACGAUCGUCGUUACGGGCGCUGCUGAUGGGAUCGGGUAUGCCGUUGCCGAGGCUAUGGCCGAGGCUGGUGGGGAUGUUGCGCUGUGGUAUAAUUCAAAUGAGGCUGCGAUUGCAAAGGCUGAGGAUUUGGCGAAGGAGCAUAGGGUUAAGGCUGUUGCUUACAAGGUCGAUGUCUCCGACCCCGAAGCCGUCCAAGCAACCAUCUCGACCGUCGUCAAAGACUUCGGCAAGAUCGACGUCUUCGUCGUGAACGCCGGAAUGGCCAUCUCAAAACCCCUCCUCGCCCAAACCCUCCCCGAAUACAAAAAGCAGCUCUCCGUAAACGUCGACGGCAUCGUCUACUGCGCAAAGUACGCAGGCGAGGUCUUCUCCUCCCAACGAUCCGGCAAUCUGAUCAUCACCUCCUCCAUGAGCGCACACAUCGUCAACGUCCCAACCGACCAGCCAAUCUACAACGGGACGAAAGCGUUCGUCACGCACUUCGGCAAGUCCCUCGCGCGCGAGUGGAGGGAUUUCGCCCGCGUCAAUAUUGUCUCGCCUGGUUUCUUUGAUACCAAGAUGGGGGCGAGCCCGGAGACGGUGCAGGAGGCUUAUCGGAUGGCGGUUCUUGGGAGGCAGGGGCAUACGAGGGAGAUUAAGGGGGUUUAUUUGUACCUUGCGAGUGAGGCGAGUAGUUAUAUGACGGGGAGUGAUGUUUUGAUUGAUGGGGGGUAUGUUUUGCCUUAG